AUGGCCGACACACCACCUUUCGCCUUGAAUACACUCAAGGCCGACUUCGAGCUAUCUGACGCCCAGUUUGACGCAUUACCACCGCUUUCUGAAGUAGACCUUGUGCGCCAAACCGACAGCCACCUAAUCGAACACGCUACUCUGACUACCGCCGCAUACCACCCCUUCAAACUCUUCAUUGGCGAAUCCAACAUGGAUGCGUUUCAUGUGUAUCUCUACCGCACUACGGGCUCCAAACGGCAGUAUAGGAUGGAGAUCACCAGUGUCGAUCUCGAGAACGGCAGCCACUAUGAUCCAAUCGACGCCACCUAUUAUGGGACAAUAGGAAACCUUGCCUAUCCCUUCAACACGUUUCUCGGUGGAGCGCGAUUCGUUGCUGUAGUAAAGUGGUACUUCACCGUAGGCUUGCGCACUGGACUGUUCGACGAAGAUUCAGGGUUUGCAUUGAGCAGCUCAUGGCGCAGGGAUUUGCAGGGCGCUUGCAACGAGCUUCUUGCGGCUACAGACAUGGAAGAGCGUACGAAGCAACAGGCUGAAGCGAUACGAAUCGAGAAUAAAGGACAUGUCAGAGAGAAGCACCAAAAGGAAAGCCUGGAGGCGGCCAAUCGAACGGCUGGGUCGCGCCGGGCAAAGGGCAAAACAGGAAGCAUCACUGCAGAAGCCAGGAAACAUCCACAAAAUUUUCUACCUCACCAAGAGUCAGAGUCAAUCAAGGGGUAUGAUGGUCCCAAGGACGCAGAAGACCCAGGAUCAGGACAGAGUUCGGUUGUCGAGCCCAGUCCAAUGCCUCCUGUUGUGAAGUCACGUGGCGAUCGUAGGCGGGAGGACCAAGGCGCUACUCAGACGAUUCGAUCUAUAAGUCGGGGCAUCGCAGCCUCGAACGAGGACUUGAGACGAAGGGCGCAGGGCAUCCGUGAAGCACAAGGCAGCAGGCUAGAUGCAGUCGAUGGCCGAGCACUCGACUACAAUGUUGGGCAGAACGUUAAUGCUGAGGAGUCCCGGCUACAAGACACAAAGAGGCGUAUGGCCAUUUAUGAGAGCCCAGAUAGGGAUGGUCUGCUUGAAUAUGGCACGACCGACGUGGAGGCUGAAGCUGUAUCGCUGGAAGCAGAGUAUACUAUGUUGUUUCGACGCCGGGAGAAGACCAAUCAUCGUAUGCGCGCCAUUCAAAACGAGAUGAGUGUGGUUGAAUUUCAGGCUUUGCUAGAAAAGAUCGUGGAUGGUAAAAGUUGA